CUCCUCUCUCUCUCUCUCUCUCUCUCUCUCUCUCUCUCCUUCCUCCUCCUCCUCCUCCUCCUUCUGGACCUCCCUCGAUUAUUCAUCAUCUCCAUCUCCAGGAUUUUGCAAUUCCUAUACCGGUAUAUUCUGGGUUCGAUACGUGUAUAGAUGCAUUGACAGAAUUCGUAAUAGAUACAUUUAUGUACAUCCAGAAUUUUGAAAUUGAAUAGUCGCCGUCGUUGUUUUCUGCAAUAUCAGCAGUUUUUUUUGGUCUGCAAAGAUAUUUCUUUUCUUCAAGAGUCUUCUUCGCACUCGCGGAUUCCUGCUAGUUCCUAAUCAGCUGUAAUCUGGUUGCUGGUUGAAAUUGGCUGUUGCAGAAGAAAUGAUGUAUGAUCUUCAGGAGUAUUCUGCUUGAUGGACUAUAAUCCCACCAGUAGUGACAAAAAAACUCUGAAGAGGUGGUUUUUCAUUGAUAAAAGGGUUGGUUGAAAGAACUUGAAGGUUUCUACAGUUGGGGAAUACUGCUUGGAGUCAGCCCCAGAUCCAAAAGCGUGAUUUUUUAGUUUUUUUCACCCCAAAGCCUUUUCCCUUUUACUGAUACAUUUGGAAACAAUGGACCUCAAAUCAAGUCAUACAUCCCCCGUACUUGCUGAUCCUGCUCUUAUCAAUGAGUCAAUGUUGGGAAUCCAUUCUGGCCUCUUGCCGUACUCCCACAAUGGUACAGCUUUCUCUCCAGCACCCUUCCUCACAAUUCCAAGGAGGAAGCCUGGGAUACUGGAUGAUGUUCGAUCUAGUUCUUGGUUGGAUGCGAUGAAGUCAUCAUCUCCCACCCAUAACAAAGUAAAUAAAGAUUCCAGCACUGGGCAAUCAUCAAAUGAUAGUGACAAUGCUUAUCGUACUUGGAUGCUCAAGUAUCCAUCAGCAAUUGCAUCUUUUGAGCAAUUAAUUAACUGUGCAAAGCACAAAAGAGUAGCACUUUUUCUGGAUUAUGAUGGGACUCUAUCCCCAAUAGUUGACAACCCUGACCAUGCCGUCAUGUCAUGUUCGAUGCGUGCUGCUGUAAGAAAUGCAGCUAAGUGUUUCCCAACAGCAAUAAUAAGUGGGAGAAGUCGUGACAAGGUAUCUGAGUUUGUGGGACUAACUGAACUUUACUAUGCUGGAAGUCACGGGAUGGACAUUAUGGGUCCUGCUCAACCAAAUUCCAAAGACCAGACAAAAUGUAACAUGUCCAUUGACAAGCAGUGCAAGGAUGUUAAUUUGUUCCAGCCUGCUAGUGAAUUCCUACCCAUGAUUGAUGAGGUCUUUAGGUCUUUGGUUGAGAUCACAAAAGACAUUGUGGGAACAAAAGUUGAGAACAACAAAUUCUGUGUAUCUGUACACUAUCGCAAUGUCGAAGAGAAGAGUUGGACAAUAAUUGCAGAGUCUGUCGGAGAAAUUUUGAAGCACUACCCUCGUCUGCGAUUGACACACGGUCGGAAGGUUUUAGAAGUCCGUCCUGUGCUUAAUUGGGACAAGGGGAAAGCCGUUGAGUUCUUACUUGAAUCGCUUGGGUUGAGCCACUGUGAUAAUGUGUUACCCAUAUACAUUGGAGAUGACCGUACUGAUGAAGAUGCCUUCAAGGUUUUAAAAAAGGGCAGUCGCGGUUAUGGCAUCUUGGUAUCUUCUGUCCCAAAGGAAAGCAAUGCUUCCUACUCCCUCAGGGAUCCAUCAGAGGUCAUGGAGUUCCUCAAGUGCUUGGUGAGCUGGAAGAAGUCAACUGCACUUUAACUGCAUUCGAGUACAAGAAGAGAAUCUAUCGAUAAUACGUAUACCAUUAGGAAGAUUUCAGUUUUAGAUUAGUUAUGUAAGAAUAACCGAUGGGCUUAGGAGCAGAGGUGCCUGAUUCAGCUUUUGAGCAUGGAACAGGGGUUAAUUAAUUGUUCCUGCUUAUGGCUUUCCCUGUAAAUUCUCUCUUUCACAGUAUAUCAUACUUGCGGUGCCUGGGAUGCCCUCAUUCACAAGCGUGAUGAUAUUCAUGAUUUGCAUUCUUUCAUUACAAUUCAUAGUAGUAUCCGUUGUUGGUUCUCCCUAAGGGAGAAUGUAGCAACAUUUGUUUGUUUGAUUUAUUUGGACGGAUGUCAAUCAUUUCUUUAAUUAAAUAAAUGUAUCUUCCGUGUA